CCCAAAUCAUAUGCUUGGAAAGAGUAUAAAUGGAACUACACAAGUUUAUUCCAUUGGUUUACGAAGAAUAAUGUCAGCUAGUUUCAUCAUCCUGUUUGUUGUACUUACAUGCUUCACAGAAUGGUCACUUGAGACAGUGGUAAAUACUACUGAGUCUCACAUCAAUUCGACUGAAUCACAAUCCACUCUGUUGCAGGCGACCCUGCAAUCAUCAGACUGUUUACGGUUGUUUGCUUCACUUUUUGGACGACAUUAUUGGGUUGAUUUUUGCGACAGUAAUAGUUAUAUUGACCCAUAUUUUAUGUAUUAUACAAAUAUGAUUUGUUCACAUCGAAGUUAUUUGACAACGAGAUACUGGAUCGUGUAUUCGCAACACGAAUUACACGGUCAAUAUAUUAUAAUUCCACCCGGUGAAUGUAAUAAUCAUUUAAGGCAAUACGGAAUGACGUCAGUUGGGUCAGUACUGAAAUGCACAAGACCAAACCAAUACGACACGAACUAUUACUGUCAUAGGCCACGAAGAACAUGGUUGCCGAAUAAUCAAUUUCCACAUGGCAUUCCUCCAUUCGGACCGCAACCGGUUCAAGAUCCAUUUGGAUCGACGAAUUUUCUUGGUCCACAAAAUUAAGGUAUGACAACUGAAAUGGAUUCAACUUAGAAUAUUUAUUAUAAAAAACUUUCACUGUAAUAAAAAUUUUCUAACAAACACUACAAUAUGAAAUAACCAAAAUAUAUUUUGCAAUUUUACUGACUUUGAUGGUGAUAUUUGUGGAAAAUAUAUAUUUACCUGGUCCAAUUUUAUUUAAACAACUCACACGAAAUGUUUACUUCUCAUUAGACGUCAGAAAUCAGUCCACGUAGAUAAUAAAAUGAUCAAAUCAAGAAUAAGUGAUUUAUCUGCCAUUGCGGUUGAUGGAAGAUUUUCACUGGCAUAGUCAACAUCACGGAAUGAUCAUAAUCAAUCAAAAACCGUAAACCAACAACACUAGAAAGGCGCUUCGUUCUAUUAUGGUACCACUCAGCAGUGAGCAUCCAACACUCCAAUUUAUCAUUCAGUGUGACGAUAAAAACUAUAAGCUUAGGGAAGCAAAGAGUAAAUGUACAGGAAAAAGAGGAAAACUCCCUAUGUGAGGUGAACCUGAAGAAUGAUGGACAAAACUAUUUUGUAAUAAAUUUUCAUUUUUCGAAAUCAAA